AGCACAGUAGAAAAAGAGGGGAGAGAAGAGAAGAGAAGAGAGGGGCCAUUCAGACUGAGAGAGAGAGAGAGAGAGAGAGAGAGAGAGAGAGACAGUGACAGGGUAGAGAGAAAGAGCGAAGAAGACAGAGGCACAGACAGACAAGGCAGCAGCCUCCUCCGGCUCAGUGAAAACAAAGGGCUUUAGCGGAAGCUUGAUUUGUGUUUCCCGGAGGAAUUUUGCCUUCAAAAAACACACGCACACGAGGUGUUUGAUUUAUGUCGUCUGUGUUUACUCUUGGGGCUUCAGUUUCAUUCUUCCAGACUCUCUGCUCCUGUAUGCUACUCUGCAUUCUCAGCCAGAAACUCGUUAACCCAGCUGUUUCAAUGCGAUUGAGGCCUAAGAGGACUUGUUCUGGUGUCGAGUGUUUUGGUGGCUUUCACAUACAAAGAUUCUCUCAUCUUUUCUUAUUUUUCAGAGGGGAACUCACCUGAAAUCAUUAGAGAUUUUCUUACCCUUUUUAAUUUAUUUGCUGUUGGUUUGAUUAAUUUCUCUUGAUUUUGUUGAAAAUUUUCUGCAAAUUUUGAGGGGGUUUUGGGAGGGUUUUUCCCCAAUUUUUUUAUUCACCAUGUCCAAGUCUCGAAAGCAACCUGCAAGUAGAAGGCUAAGGCCUCAACCCUUGCCUGAGUUCAAGAUGGUUAGGAAAUUGCGGGUGAUUUAUGAUGAUCCUUAUGCAACUGAAUCAUCUGAUGAUGAGUACUAUCAUUCAAGGGAGAAGAAGCCCAGGAAAAUCAAAAGAUGCAUCACUGAGAUUCCUCUUCCUCCUCUUGUUCCUGUCAUUCCUGAACCUAGCUCCUUUGCUGAGAAGAAAAUCAACAAUGCUGUUGAGGUUCACAACAAGAAGAGGGUUUCAACCCAGAACCCUUCAACAAGGAGGCAACCCUCUUGCAAGUACAGAGGUGUUAGACAGAGGAAGUGGGGAAAAUGGGCUGCGGAGAUUCGUGACCCGUUCAAAGGUGCCCGUCUCUGGUUAGGCACUUACAACACUGCUGAAGAGGCUUCUCAAGCCUAUGAGAACAAGAGGCUCGAGUUUGAAGCCAUGGCGAAGGCUCUUGUACCCAAGAAUGGGUCUUCUGAUAAGGGUUCUGCUUCAAACUCUUGCUCUGCUGUUGCCGCUGCUGUUGCUCCUGCUGCUGAAGGUUCUGCAUCAGAGAAAUCAUCUUCUGGUGCUGAUGUUUCUGAUGACUCUGAUAGCAUGUUCUCACACCCAUCACCUUCCUCUGUGCUUGAUGUGGAUGCCUCAGCUAACAAUUUGAUUGAGAAUGGUGAUAGCUCUAGUAUUGAAGCUCUUGAUGCUGAGGCUUAUGACAUGGUUGCUGAAUUGGCUGGUCUAGAAAUACCAGACUUGAGUCUUCUGACAUUGCCUCCAUCACCACCACCAACUGUUGCUGAUGUUGUUGUUCCAACUGGCUCUGAGCCAAACCCUGUGCUUGAUUUUGAUUUCAUAUUUGAUUGUCCAGGACAGGGCUUUGAUGAUGAUACCAACCUUGGUGGUGGCCUUGAGGAUAUCCCAUUUUUUGGGUUUGACGAUAAUGUGCCUAGCCAGCUUCCUGAUUUCGAUUUUGGUGAUUUUGGUUCUGAUGAGUUUGCUGGUUGUUUUGAAGAACCCUUCCAUAUACCCUGCGCCUAAAGUUUUGCAGCUAUUACAUAGGAAUAAAAAUCAAGAGUAAUACAUAGUUAUAUAAGUUUAAGUUAUAUGUUGGUUCUAUUGUAGUACUAGUUUUGUGAGAUCUCAGGAACUGCAAAGCCAGUUCCUGAGUUAGUAGUGGCGAGUUUAUAUUUAUUUUGUUUAUUGAGAGAGUAUGUUACUGUUAUAUCGGUGCGAUGUAUUAGAGAAUCCUUCGGGUUUUCCCGUGCUAUUAGAGCCGUCCAAGGGUUCAACCAACUUUGUAAUUUCGAAGUUCUAUUGCGGAGUAUGAAAUGAACUUCAAGUUUUGCUUGCA